UAAAAUGCAGAGCGUUUCCAAAGUGCACUAGGCGCGCGUGCACUUCUCUCACCCUGCAGAUAAGGGAAAUGGGAAAUGCAUCAUUUUUUUUCGUCCUCCACGCGCGCGGUCACAGUGAACUUCACCGUGUUUCCCAAUCGGAAUUGUUUUGGAGGACCACGAAGAUUAGACGGAUCCGAUUUUACUCUGAUAUGACACUUUUCUAAGCUGUCAGUAUCAGUAGACACCGUGUGUGGAUCUCGCGCGUACUCUGCAGAUAACCAGUCGUGCUUGCCGCGUACUUUACGCGCAUUGGACUUAUCUAACUGGGGUCGCAUCGAAUCGGGGACAUUUCUUUAAUAAACGUGCAUUUAGGUGGAAAAAAGUUAGUUUGCUUGUUGAGCUGAGAAAAAAAAGGACUACAAAAUAAGGUAAGCUGUAUGGAUGAUGUAAAUGCGACCACCUGUACCGGCUCUGUUAUUGACUUAACGUGCAUCUGUGAAGCCUGACACGGACUUGACACGCGAGGUACGUUCACGUAACCUUGCUGUUGCAAAUCUGGGAAAGCGCGACGGGGAUGCGGCACGCGCGGAUGCAUGGCCAGGCACGGUGCUCUCCGCGCGCUGCUCCUGCUGCUGCUGCUCGUGGCCGCGGGGGCGUGCGCAGGGGCCGCGGAACGCCUCGCGUGGCUCCUGGCGGACAAGGGGCCGUUCCGCCGUGCGCACGAGUUCACCGACUUCUCCGAGCGACACCAACACGGCUUCACCACCCGCUACAAGAUUUACAGGGAGUUCGGUCGAUGGAAGGUAAACAACUUGGCUGCGGAGAGGCAGGAAGCAGUACCCUUUGACCCUGAGUUUGUGCGCAACAUCAGGCAGCUGGGGCGGCGGCCCAACCUGCAGACGAUCGCGGACAAUAUCAUCAAGAAGUAUGGCACGCACUUCCUGGUCUCAGCCACUCUUGGAGGCGAGGAAUCCUUGACUAUUUUCGUGGAUAAGAGGAAGCUGAGAGAAGCUCCUUCAAGCAGAGAUGCCGCUAACAGCACGCUGACACUCGAGGCCCUCCAUCACCUCGCCGCCUCCUACUUCAUCGACCGAGACAGCACGCUGAGGAAACUGCACCACCUUCAGAUCGCCUCGGCGGCCAUCAAGGUAACUGAGACAAGGACCGGCCCACUCGGCUGUAGCAACUACGACAACCUCGACUCCGUCAGCUCCGUUUUGGUCCACAGCCCCGAGAACAGAAUUCAGCUCCAAGGCCUCCAGGUUCUUUUGCCGGAGUACCUCAGGAGCCGGUUCGUGCAAGUGGCUCUGAGUUACAUUGGAUGCAACGGCGAAGGCCAGUUCACAUGCCGGGACAAUGACUGCUGGUGUCAGUGUAGUGAAGGACAUCCGCAGUGCAACUGCCCCCAAGCCAGCCUCCGAGCACAAUACAGCAACCUGGAGCACAUCAACCAAGCCUGGAAUCAAACCAACCAAGAGUUUGAGCAAUCAGAUGAGUUCCAGGCUUUCAUGGUCCAAUUGUCGACACAUGCAGCCCUGAAUUUGUCAUCGGUGUGGCGCGCAUGGAGGAGUGAUGCGUUGCUGCUAAAGCGCUACAGGAAGUUGGAGAGCGAAACCGUUUCCCUCCUCAAUAAGGCACAAGAAUGCGCCGCUAAGCUCUUCAGCCUCAGCCGGAGGUGUCGCUCACAACCCAAAAUAAUCCUGCCGCGGGAAAGGCGUCUCAGUUACUGGCUACAACGCGCCCUUUCCCUUCUGUACUGCGCUGAAGCCGACAGUCCGGGAAUCUACUCGGAGGUCAUGCGUAGCUGCGUGUGCCCGGGUGGACACCUAACCUGCCAGGGUUUGAUCCCUUGUUCAGUGGGUACAGGAAGUCGUUGUGCAUCAUGCUCUCUAGAAAAUAGAACGCGCUGCUCAAGCUGCAACAGUGGUUUUGCGUUAAGCCAUGGAUUGUGCCGUCCUGCUGCUCCAAGCCCCACCAAGCAGUAUCUCGGCACUGAGAUGGAAAUGCCCGACUUGGAGUUGCGUGAUCUACUAGAGCAGCGCGACAGCCAACUAGCCUUAUCCGCUGUCUUCAUCAGCAGCGAUGUCAAACUCAACACCUGGUUUGAACCUUCGUGGAGAAAAAGGAUGCUCCUGACUCUAAAGAGCAAUAAAUCCAAGUCAAGUCGAGUGCACAUGCUGCUAGGAAUUUCGGUGCAGAUUUGUAUGACUAAGAACUCGACCCUGGAGCCGACGCUCUCCGUUUCGGUGAACCCGUUCGGCGGGAGUCACUCGGAGAGCUGGACAAUGCCAAUGAACCAAAAUGGGUACCCCGAUUGGGAGAAAGCGAGGUUAGAUACCCCGACGGACUGCAACAACUGGACUUUGUCGUUGGGAAACCGCUGGAAGAGCUUCUUUGAAACGAUCCAUUUCUACCUGAGGAGCCGAAUCCAGAGUGACGGUGCUCAAGGGAACGAGACAGCCGAACCCGAGGCAGUGAACAGAAACGGCUCACACCAUUCCGGCUACAUGAAAAUAAACAAAAUUCAGCUGUUCGGAUAUAGCGUGCACUUUGACCCGGAAGCCAUUCGAGAUUUGAUCUUGCAACUGGACUAUCCGUACACACAGGGAUCUCAGGACUCAGCGCUGCAGGAGUUGAUGGAGAUCCGAUACCGAGUCAAUCGUUUAUCUCCUGCCGGAGCGAUGCCUCUGGACCUUUUCUCGUGUCUUCUCCGACACAGACUCAAACUCUUGACUUCGGAGGUGUCGCGAAUACUCGUGGCUCUGCAGGCUUUUGGCACCAAACACAGAUACUACACAGAGUACGAAGCAGUCAAACUUUGUAGCUAACAAGAAAUAUUCAGAUCGAUUUAUUACAACGGAAUGUUGACAGUCUGAUGUUUUGUUUUUAUUAUUAUUAUUAUUAUUAUUAUUAUUAUUAUUAUUAUUAUUAUUAUUAUUGUUAUUAUUAUAACAGAACUGCUGGUUUUCAGUGUUUGAUAUAGAUGUUUUACUCUACAUAGACAUAUUUGUAUUCAAUGUCAGACUUAGAUCAAAAUGAAACACAAACAUUUCACCUGAAAUACAAAUGUCUGUUUUUUCAAAAAAAAAAAAGGAAGAAGAAAAAAAUCCCAUCAAUGAUUGAUGUUAUUAAAUAAAAUGGGUAAAAAUCCUAUUUUACAAGUGCCUUAAAUGGUGUAUAGCGACUUUAUGGAGCUCCACAACGCUGUGCUCGUUGGUAUGCAUGGUUGCUUUUUCUUUUCCACUGUUCUCUAUAAUCAAGAAUACAGUCAUAUUCAUUGUUCGAAAUAAUUUGUUUAAUUAUUGCAUUUCCACUGCACAGCAGGCCACAGCUGGAGAAAUGUACACACUAAGAUUAAGAUUACUCUUUGAACAAUCUCAAAGUGCUCUUAAUGUACUUUGGAGAUCAUCUCUGCAGCAUUUUUAAGAAGCUACAACUCUGCGUUCAGUAAAUAGCCGUCGAUGAUUGUUGAAUGUUGACUGUGAAUCUGUCGUUUUCUUUCUCAAAUAGCUUUGCGGCUACGUGCGGUUCUUUUCUCUUUCUUUUUUUUUAUAUUCGUUCUCCUCGAAUGUGAACGAGAAAUGUCUCUCGGGUAAUUUGAGGUUAAGCGCAACUGGUGAGCACUUAAUACAGAAAUUGCACACUUUUGUAUUCAGAGGUGGAGAAAUAAAGUCCAUUUAUUCAUGUGAAGGAUCAUUGUGUGACACUUUAAGAAGGAAGGAGUAUCCAGUGUCAGCUCUUGUGUCAGCACUUUGUAACAGUGAGGUUUUCCCCCACAGGAAAGUCUACAUGUUUUUUGUUUGUUUGUUUGUUUGUUUGUUUCAAGCAUUUUGUUUUUUAACUUUCUCACAUCGCCAGAGAGCCUAAUAAAAGAGCAAUGUACGGCUGCUAGAUCGUAAACAAUCCCUAACCUGUUUAGCAGAAGUUCUGUUACUUUAAAUGUAACUGCAAACAGAUUAAAAUUGUGACGUUCAGUUUGUUAACAAAUUAAAAUUUUUUAUC